CUGUGUGCCGCGAAGUGACGUACUCGGGAGUCGGCCAUGAUGGCGGCUUAUAGUGUAGCUAAAGGCGGCCGUAGCUUAUUCAGCGGCUUGCGUCUGUCCUUCCGGAGUUUGGUCCAAGUCAAACAUGACAGCCUACCGCUCGGCCGCUGCUACUCCGUCGGCCAGCUGUCCGUCAAGGAGAGGAUCGAGAAGAAGCGGCAGGCGGCGCUUAUCGGCGGAGGUCAGACGAGAAUCGACGCGCAACACAAGCGGGGCAAGCUGACGGCCAGAGAGCGCGUGGCCCUCCUGCUGGACCCCGAGUCCUUCGUGGAGUCGGACAUGUUCGUGGAGCACCGCUGCUCCGACUUCGGCAUGGAGCAGGACAAGAACAAGUUCCCAGGUGACAGCGUGGUGACGGGGCGGGGCCGGAUCAACGGCCGCUUGGUUUACGUCUUCAGUCAGGUAAAAAAAAACAAAAAACGUAGGUGCUCGGCGGCGGCUUUCUUAACGUGGCGCUGGUUUCCCCGUCAGGACUUCACGGUGUUCGGCGGCAGCUUGUCAGGAGCUCACGCACAGAAGAUCUGCAAGGUCAUGGACCAGGCCAUGAUGGUCGGGGCCCCCGUCAUCGGCCUCAACGACUCAGGGGGCGCUCGCAUCCAAGAGGGGGUGGAGUCUCUGGCGGGGUACGCCGACAUCUUCCUGAGGAACGUGAUGGCGUCCGGCGUGGUCCCUCAGAUCUCCCUCAUCAUGGGGCCGUGUGCGGGCGGCGCCGUGUACUCGCCCGCCCUCACCGACUUUACCUUCAUGGUGAAGGACACGUCGUACCUGUUCAUCACGGGCCCGGACGUGGUCAAGUCCGUCACCAACGAGGACGUCACGCAGGAGGAGCUGGGCGGAGCCAAGACGCACACCACCGUGUCGGGUGUGGCGCACCGGGCCUUCGAGAACGACGUGGAGGCGCUGCUGCAGCUGCGGGAGUUCUUCAACUUCCUGCCGCUCAGCAACCAGGACCCUGCGCCCGUCAGAGAGUGUCACGACUCCAGCGAGCGCUUGGUGCCAUCACUGGACACCAUCGUGCCCUUGGAGUCCACUAAAGCCUACGACAUGCUGGACAUCAUCCACGCGAUUGUGGACGAGAGGGACUUCUUCGAGAUCAUGCCCAACUACGCCAAGAACAUGGUGGUGGGCUUCGCCCGCAUGAACGGACGCACCGUGGGCGUGGUGGGCAACCAGCCCAAAGUGGCGUCCGGUUGCCUGGACAUCAACUCCUCGGUGAAGGGAGCGCGCUUCGUCCGCUUCUGCGACGCCUUCAACGUGCCCAUCGUCACCUUUGUGGACGUGCCGGGCUUCCUGCCGGGGACGUCGCAGGAGUACGGCGGCAUCAUCAGACACGGCGCCAAGCUGCUGUACGCCUUCGCCGAGGCCACCGUGCCCAAGAUCACCGUCAUCACCAGGAAGGCUUACGGAGGUGCUUACGACGUGAUGAGCUCCAAACACCUGAGAGGAGACAUCAACUACGCCUGGCCCACAGCGGAGGUCGCCGUCAUGGGAGCCAAAGGAGCAGUCCAGAUCAUCUUCAGAGGGAAGGACAAUCAGGCGGAGGCGGAGACAGAAUAUGUGGACAAAUUUGCUAACCCUUUCCCCGCCGCAGUCAGAGGUUUUGUGGACGACAUCAUCGAGCCGGCGACGACUCGCAAGAAGAUCUGCCGAGACCUGGAAGUGUUGGCCAGCAAGAAGCAGGUCAACCCUUGGAAGAAACACGCCAACAUUCCCCUGUGACGACAUCUCUGUCGUCAUGGCAGCAACAUAUGCAAUAGAAGAAUCGACCUGAGCGUCGUGUUCAGGCUCCUCCUCCUCAUGUGAUGUCACUCCUCACAUUUUCUAUGUCACAAGUAGAAACUGUGCCUUUUUAAUGACAGUCCAAUAAAUCUGUUACAACAAACAA